AUGCAGACGGAGUUGCGAGCCCUGGAAAAGUCGGUCGCUCGUGAGAUUCGCACCUUGAACCCUCUACUCUUCCAACGCUUUGAUGAUGUGCAGUUGGACAGGCUGCUGCGUGCAAUGCCUUUCCUGAGGCUCUCGAUGGGCCGUUGGAUCUUUGGAAGCGACCAACUUGCAGCUGCAUGGCCGCGGGCGAGUUCCAGAUCAUUUUUGCUCAUGUCAGGCAAAGUGAAUCUUUAUCUGGAUCCAAAUGGCGUCGGCGAGCGUCAUGAAAUCACCAAAGGAGCCAUUUUCGGGGAAAGUCAUUUCAGGUUAGGGGACGAGUCCAUGAUGGACAUGGUUGGUGGCGCUGCGCAGUGCGAAGAGCCGUGUAUCAUCGGGGUUUUGGGAAACGAGGUGUUGGAGGCCUCAUAUGCCGACCGAGCUUUCGGAAAUAGGAAGAUUGCCCUCAGCAUGCGCCAUGCACCUGCGCUCUCGCGAGUGGUGCUACCUGAGAAUUUCACAGGACCACACUGCAAGAUCGAUUUCGCUUCCCUGUCCUUUGCAGAGAAGUCGAAGAUCCUAGAGGAGAAGCAGCCAGGGGCUGUUAAACACGCUCUCGAAGAGCUUGCCAAGGUUGCCACGCAAGUCCACCUGCUACCAGGGCAGGAGCUGUUGAGCGACCCACCUGUGGAAGACAGUGUCGUGAUGGUUUCGAAGGGCAGCAUUGAAGUUCGUGGUGAUAUCAAGCUGAGCGAGAAGCUGGAUGCUUUGCCACCGAAAAAGAAACGUAUGCGUGUUUUCCUCGACAGGGCCGAGAAGCUCGCAGGCGACUCAAUCUUCGACAAGCUUGACCCGUAUUGCAUAGUAAAGCUUGGUGAGUUCAAACGCUUCCAGACUCCCGUGCAGUGGAAUGUUGGAGUGAACCCGCAGUUCGAGUAUCAAGGAGUCUUGACAUUCUCUGAAGAGGAGGAAUUAGAAAUAAUCGUCAUGGACCAUGACAAGUUCUCUGCAGAUGAUUUAUGUGGCAGCUGCACAGUGAAAGUUGCAGACUUGCAUGAUGGGUGGUAUGGAAAGGUGGAGCUACAGAGACCGAAGCGCACAAUCGGAGCUUCCAAAGAUGACGAGCAGUUGAUGGAGCCAGCAGGGAAGAUUUUCUUUGGAGUCCGAUACGACUACGAGAAGAUCAGUGCUCUCACAAAGCAAGCCAAACAGCGAGUUUGGCCAAAUCAGGUGCUCUUCAAUCUCGGUGGACACGAAGCCUGGGGUCAUGAGACCAUCAUGCUGGGAUCGAUCUUCAAAAGGACCUUGGAAGGUGCUGCGAAUGCCACUGCGUUCGCCUUGGAUCUGUCGAACUUCCGCAUAAUUGGUGGCUAUCAGAGAGGCACGAAUGAGAAGAUCACCCUGUUGAAGGCGUCGAAAAAACGAUUCGUGGACUUCGUCAGAAAAAGUCAGCGAGAGAAGCAAUUCCUGCAGUCGUGUCGUAUCUCAGCCCUGGACAAGCAGACGACAAUCAAGGGGAUCAUCAAGGUGCUGAUCGAAAGAUGGGAGACGGAAGAGCAGGCUGACACCAUGCGGAAAGGCAUGUUUGAUAUGGCCAAAGUGGAAGAAGCCGUCGACCCCAGCCGCUUCCGGGUCGCCUAUCGCGGUGCGAAGGCCCACAUUUCUGUUCGAAACGCCCUCAAUUUGAGCGGCGGCGGCUGGUUUGACAAGCUCGACCCCUACGCCAUCGUGAGGUUUCGCGGCAGUAAGUCCGAGUUCAGGACCAGCGUUCUUCAAGAUGCCGGUGCAGAUCCUAUAUGGAAUUGUGAAGGCUUUCUGCCGUAUAAUGGUGAAGUCGCUUUGGAGAUAUCAGUUUGGGACUACGACCACUACAGCUCGGAUGAUCUGGUCGGAACAGGAGUUAUCCAGGUGGAGCAGUUCUGCAACGGCUUCGAGGGCAUGGUACCUCUGAGCUUGCCGUCCGACAAGAAGAAGAAGAAAAAGACCUUGAAGCAGAGUAUGAUCACCAUCGGCAUUCUCUGGGAUGCCCCUCAGGACCCAAGCCUCAAACAAGCGGAUCCGGCUCUGGCACUGACAGCGGGCACAAAGGCCCUCAUGUGA